GUUUGCGCCAGUUGUGACGGCGGCCGUGACCUCGGCCGGGGCCUGCUCUCGAGGAGUCGCUGGCGUAGGUACAACAAGCACGGCAGCUGCUUGUGUUACGCCUGUCUGUCUCUGCCUUGCCUGCCUGGCCCGUGCCCGCUACCCUACAGCGCGCACAGCCACGGUGAAACCACGUCAAUUGUCGACAGGGCAACCCCUCAAUGCAGAGCUCUUUGAGAGAAAAAAGUCUAUGAUGAAAACCCAUAGUCCAUCGACGGCGGCGACCCAGCUCGGUUUCGCAGAGCCGCUGGCCGUCGACCUUGACGUCAGCCUGGCCAUAAAGCGGGGCUGGCGGGGUGCGAGACCUCGAGCGAAGAGACUCCCCUCGGCGACGAGCUCCCCUCACAGCAACAUACCCUGAUGAUUCCCCUCCGCGCAGCCCAGCGUCUCAGCAACACGGCACGCAUCCUUCGCCCAGAGCAAACACCGUCCAUCAGGGUCCCCGCCGCAGUGAGAGCAUUCGCCAUGGCCGCCACCACGGACACGAGCACGUACAAGCUCAACCACUCCAUGAUCCGGGUCAAGGACCCCAAGGAGUCGGGUAGGCAGCCGCCGGCCCGGAGCGCCGAGCCACAGCUAACGGCCCCCGCGCAGUCAAGUUUUACGAGUUCCUGGGCAUGAAGGUGGUCAAGGAGUUCAAGGCGCCCGAGGCCAAGUUUGACCUGUACUUUAUGGCCUACGACAGCCCCGGGGCCGUCUCGUAUGGCAAGGACGCCAUUGACCGCGAGGGCGUCAUCGAGCUGACGCACAACUACGGCACCGAGGACGACGCGUCCUACUCGGUCAACAACGGCAACAAGGAGCCGCACCGCGGGUUCGGCCACACGUGCAUCAGCGUCGACAACAUCCAGGCCGCGUGCAAGCGCAUCGAGGACGCCGGCUACCGGUUCCAGAAGAAGCUGACGGACGGGCGCAUGAACCACAUCGCCUUUGCGCUCGACCCGGACGGCUACUGGGUCGAGAUCAUCGGCCAGAACCCCGUCGAGCAGACGGCCGACGUGACGACGACGGACGUGACCACGUACCGCAUGAACCACACCAUGAUCCGCGUCAAGGACGCGCAAAAGUCGCUCAAGUUCUACCAGGAGGUGCUGGGCAUGUCGCUGGUGCGCAAGCACGAGGCGACGGCCGCAGGCUUCAACCUGUACUUCCUGGCGUACCCGAGCGCCCAGCCGUUGCCGACCGAGGGCAACUCGGCACAGCGCGAGGGGCUGCUGGAGCUGACGUGGAACUACGGCACGGAAAAGGACGAGUCGUUCAAGUACCACAGCGGCAACGAGGAGCCGCAGGGCUUUGGGCACAUUUGCAUCAGCGUGGACGAGCUGGACGCGGCGUGCAAGCGGUUCGACGACCUCAAGGUCAACUGGCGGAAGCGGCUGACGGAUGGGCGCAUGAAGAACGUGGCGUUUCUGCUUGACCCGGAUGGGUACUGGGUCGAGGUGGUGCAGAACCCGGCCCACAGCGACAAGUACGGCGUGGAGUGAUGCAGUCUCCGCGUAGUUUGUACCUACUAAGGCAAGUAUAGAGUAUGUGAAGCACAUAUGUACAUGCAAAGCACGCAUGUAGCGGCU